ACCACGGGGGUGGACGUAUAUCGGUCACUCUUGAGACAAAAACCGAGGGGAACGCAGUACCUUACAGUGUGAUUUUACAUAGCGCGUAUCGAGACUGAAUCACAAUCCCGCACCGCGUUAAAAGGACUGAAUCGUCACGGCGUUGUGGGAAAGGGGGGUAACUUUUGCCAUUGUGGAAAAGUCGUUUCGCAGACGCAUCUUCAGAGAGUGAUAUUCCGAGUUUCUUAAAAAGUGUGCAACGGCCGGCUCAAAACGAAUCAGAGUUUCUAAUAUGAUUUGAACCCAAACCACACUGCGGAGAUUGCGCUGAAGUAAACAGGGCCAUGAUGAAGACCUGCUUCUUGGACGCCAUGGGCUUGGUGUUGGUCCUGGGGCAGCUGUGGACACAGGCGAGGGGAGAAUGCGAGGACCCCCUGGCCGGCUCCAAGCUGAACCUCUCCGUGACCUACGAGCUGCCCAGCUUCCAGGCGGACGCCCCCAUCCAGAACCUGGUGGCGUUCAACGGGCACGUGUACGUGGGGGCAGUGAACCGGAUCUACUCUCUAACAGAGGACCUGCAGAAGCUGUCUGAGAUUAAGACCGGGCCCGUGCCGGAGGACCCCCGCUGCCCCCCGUGCGAGGACUGCGGGGGCAGGGCAAAUGUGUCGUCGGGCGCCUCCGAGGACAACCUCAACAUGGUCCUGCUGGUGGAGACGUACUACGACGACGAGCUGUUCAGCUGCGGCUCGGCCCGCGCCGGAGUGUGCCAGCGUCACGUGCUGUACGGCGGCCUGGGCGACGCGCCGGCCGAGUGCAUGCACUCCCCCCGGGCCAGCGAGGGGCGCCACGGCUGCCCCGACUGCAUCGCCGGCCCCGCGGGGACCCGCGUCCUCAGCGUGGAGAGCGGCGGGGUGGUCAAGUUCUUCGUGGGGAACACGGCGGCGCCCGGGCGGCCCGCCCGGCACACCUUCUCCGUGCGGCAGAUGAAAGAGACGCAGGACGGCUUCCGCUUCUUCUCCGAGCACUCGUACCUGGACCUGGCGCCGGAGCUGCGGGACGGCUACCCCAUCCGGUACGUGUAUGCCUUCCGGAGCGGGCCGCACGCCUACUUCCUGACGGUACAGCGGGAGGACGCGGGCUCGCGGGCCUACCACACGCGCAUCGUGCGGGCCUGCGCGGGCGACCCCGAGCUGCGCCGCUACGCCGAGCUGCCCUUCGAGUGCAUCCUGACGGAGAAGAGGAGGAGGAGGAGGCGCAGCUCGGCCAGGGUGGAGGUGUUCAACCUCCUCCAGGCCGCCCACGUGGCCAAGGCCGGCCGCGUGCUCCACGAGGAGAUGGGCCUCGACCCGGACGAGGACGUGCUGUUCGCCGCCUUCGCCCGCGGCCACCCCGACUCGGCCCAGCCCCAGGCCAGCUCGGCCGUCUGCGUCGUCCCGCUCAGGGACGUCAACAUCUUCUUCCGCGACUUCAUCCAGAAGUGCCACACCCGACCGCCGCAGCACUUCACCGGCUCCGACGAGAAGCGCUGCUUCAACUCGAGCUCCACGGACGACUCGUUCGGCUGCGGGAGGCACGAGGAGGGCUACCAGCUGGAGGUGACCAGCACCAUGACGCGCCUGGACUACUUCCACGGCCAGUUCAGCAACGUGCUGCUCACCUCCAUCGCCGCCUUCCCCAUGGGGGACGAGACCGUGGCCAGCCUGGGCACCUCCGAGGGCCGGGUCAUCCAGGUGGUGGUUUCCCGGUCCAGACAAAGGACGCCCCACGUGGACUUCCGUUUGGACACGCAGCCCGUGUCCCCCGAGCUGGCCCUCCUGCCCGCCCCUCGGCCGGACGCCUCCUUAUUGUUGGUGACAGGAAGCAAGGUCACCAAGGUUCCGCUGGAGGGCCCGGGUUGCGAGCAGCUGUGGUCCUGCAGGUCCUGCCUGCUGGCUCCCGCCUUCAUGGGCUGCGGAUGGUGCCGGGACCGCUGCUCCAGGUCAACACAAUGCGCCCCAUCACACUGGACCCAGGACUCCUGCCUCCCCAGCAUCUCCACGAUUUCCCCCGCGACUGCGCCCGUCGGGGGGGAGACCAAACUCACGAUCUGCGGGGGCGACUUCGGGUUCAACAAAAGCGAGAGGUUUGACGCGGGUCUGAUCCGGGUUGACGUCGGCGGGUUGCACUGCAAGCUGGACGCCAGGGACAGCAACAGCAACCGGCUGGUAUGCACGCUGAGCACUGUGAGAGAGACUCACAACAGAAGCCUCGUUAAGGUGUACAGCGGAAAGGAGCUGGCCCAGAAAGAGGGGCUUUCGUUUGUGGACGUUGUUGUCAGUGAGAUAUUCCCUGUUUUCGGGCCUAAAUCCGGAGGGACCUUGCUGACCAUUCGCGGGUCGUUUUUAGACAGCGGGACAGCGAGGCAGGUCACCGUUGGAGACGCAGCGUGUGAGAUACACAGCGUCUCCGCUCACGUGCUAACCUGCAGGACGCCGGCCCAGCCCUCCCCCGCAGUGUACCCCGUCACGCUGACCAUCGACUCGGCCGCCGCCGCCGUGCCCGUCCCCUACACCUACAACGAGGACCCCUUCAUCGACAGCAUCCAGCCCACCCGCUCCUUCAUCAGCGGAGGGAGCACGGUGUCAGCGCACGGGGCCUACCUGCACUCCGCGCUGCAGCCGCAGAUGGUCAUCGCCACGCUGCAGGAGGAGAAGGUCCUCCAAGUGAGCUGCACGCAGGGUGAGGACAAAGACGUGAUCCUCUGCACCACCCCAUCCCUGAAGGACCUGAAGCUCCUGCCGCCCUUCAAGACCAAGGUCUUCUUCGUCCUGGACGGCUUCUCCACCAAGCAGUUCGACCUGCUCUACGUGGAGGACCCAAAGUUCGAGGAGUUCGAGAGGCCCAUCGUCACCUCCAAGGGGAACAAGAACGUCCUGGAGAUCAAGGUUCCGCGGGUGGACCUGGAGGCGGUGCAGGGAGAGGUACUGCGGGUGAGUAACCGGAGCUGCGAGGGGGUCCACCUGGUGGGCAACACCCUGGAGUGCACCGUCCCCACCGAGCUGCAGGCCGCCACCAAGGAGCUGGAGGUUGAGUGGAAGCAGGCCUCCUCCUCGGUGAUCCUGGGCAGAGUGAUGCUGGCGCAGGAUCAGGACUACAGGGCCCUGAUUGGGGGCGUGGUGUCCAUCAGCCUCCUGCUGCUGCUGCUGCUGGCCCUGCUGACCUGGAGGAGGAAGAGGAAGCACAUCGAGGAUUUAGCUGAAGGCAUGGUCUGGUACGACGGGCGCGCUCACAUUCCGCACUUGGACAUGUUGGCGAACGCGAGGAGCGUCAGUCCCACUAACGAAAUGGUCUCCCACGAAUCCGUGGACUACAGGUCUACCUUGCCGGAGGACCAAGGCCUGCCGCUGUCCCAGGCGGAGUCCUGCCGGCUGCCGCCGUACGGCCACCCGGAGCUGUCCGCCAUGCUGCCGGGGGCGGAGCAGGACCUGGCCACGCCCCUGCUGCCCUCCGCCCUCCACAUCGACCUGUCCAGCCUGCACCCCGAGCUCCUGAAGGAGGUGCAGCACGUGGUGAUCGCCCGGGAGGACCUGCUGCUGCACGUCAGCGAGGUCAUCGGGAGAGGGCACUUUGGCUGCGUCUACCACGGGACCCUUCUGGACCAGAACGGCCUGAAGCUGCACUGCGCAGUCAAGUCUCUCAACAGGAUCACGGACAUUGAGGAGGUGUCUCAGUUCCUGAAGGAGGGCAUCAUCAUGAAGGACUUCAGCCACCCCAACGUGCUGUCCCUGCUGGGCAUCUGCCUGCCGCCGGAGGGCUCCCCGCUGGUGGUGCUGCCCUACAUGAAGCACGGAGACCUGCGCAACUUCAUCAGAGACGAGGCGCACAACCCUACAGUGAAGGACCUCAUGGGAUUCGGGCUCCAGGUGGCCAAAGGGAUGGAGUACCUAGCCAGCAAGAAGUUUGUGCACAGAGACCUGGCAGCCAGGAACUGCAUGUUGGACGAGAGCUACACGGUGAAGGUGGCCGACUUCGGCCUGGCGCGGGACGUCUACGACAAGGAGUACUACAGCGUCCACAACAAGAGCGCCGUCAAGCUCCCGGUCAAGUGGAUGGCCCUGGAGAGCCUGCAGACGCACAAGUUCACCACCAAGUCUGACGUGUGGUCGUUUGGUGUGCUGCUCUGGGAGCUGAUGACCCGGGGAGCCCCGCCCUACUCUGAUGUCAACUCCUUCGACAUCACCGUGUUCCUGCUGCAGGGCCGCAGACUGCUGCAGCCGGAGUUCUGCCCUGACGCGCUCUACAACGUGAUGAUCGAGUGCUGGCACCCCAAACCGGAGAGGCGGCCCACCUUCUCCGAGCUGGUGUCCCGGAUCUCCGCCAUCUUCUCCAGCUUCUCCGGGGAGCACUACAUCCUGCUGAACACCACCUACGUCAACAUCGACAAGGUGACGCCCUACCCCUCGCUCAUCUCGUCCCAGUGCAACCUGGACAGGGACUGCUGCACCUGAGGGAUCAUGGGAUACGUACGGACAAUGCGCUGCAUGGGAGGCCGCGGCGCGGCUCCUACCAAAGACUCCCUGUGGCUGACACACUGGACUUAGUAUGGAGCAACAGGAGGAGAAUUCAUACGCCGUGGCCAUUAUUGUGAAUGACUGAGGCAUUUAUGAACUCGGGGGGUCACUUAUCUCCCCUCACACCUUACUCAUGCUGAACUUUGACCCCGCAGAGGCGCUGGGUUUGACACCUGCUGCCAGACACUGGACUUGAAGAGAGACUGUUGUAAAGACAGCAGGAGAUUGAGUUCACCUUGUAGACUGUAAUCGUAAAUGACUAAAGCAUUAAUGAACUUAGGGGUGAAGCAUGUCCCCCAUUCUGCUGUAACUAUUUUACUCUGAUGCUAUGGAGGGGGGGCUUGAGUCAGGGGCUACUACCAGCCUGUUCAACUGCCUUGGCUAUGACCCUGUCAGUGUCUUGUAAGUCCACAACCUGGCUUCUGAGCCCACCUGGAGAGACAGGAGGCUAAUUCUAAGAUAUACAAGCAAUGGGCCACUAGUGAAGCGUGACAUUACAUUUAUUUGCUUUACAGCUUACAUUCUACACAUGAUCCAUGUAUGCAGCUCAGCAUUUAGCUACUAAAGCAAAUUAAGCAAGUAAGCUAGUAAAUUUGGGCUGAGAGCCCUGCUCAUGGGUACUGCAGGGUCUCAAGCCUACAGCCUGCUGAUUCACUGCCCGCUCUGCUGCCAGGAACAUCUGCAGGCAUAGCCUUUGGCAUGAACAGAUUUCCUCUUCACUCCCUCCCUCCAGGAUCAAAAGAGCCGUGACACAAAGCGAUGGUCCAUACGCCCGUCACACUAACCCUGUAAUUGCAGUUUCUUCAGGGGGCCAUAGUGUUUCUGAAGCCAAAAUCACUGGUCAGGAGAUGUACAUUUCUGGGAGAUUAUAUAACCUCCCCGGCAAUACACGGGAUCGUUUGCGUGCGCGUAAUUAUUUCUGUAGCCGUUUUGAUCUGCUUUCAACGUCUUUUUAAUGCCGAGCGAGUCACCUUUUAGGAAUCUGCAGAUGUUUUCGUGAGCAGCGUGUGUAUCCUUUCAUGUUUAAAGUUUUACAGCUUGCUGGUGUGCAAGGUAGCCCAACAAGGUUCAGAUUGGCCGAAAGCUGAACACAACAUUGGAAAUGCGCUCUUUUAUUUUUUAUAUGAAAAGUUUAUAUUUAGACAACCUGUUGGUCUAGCAUUUAUAGCCAGUGGUACAACACACGCACAGAUAGCUCAUUGUGAUAGACCGUUACGCAUGCUAAGGGUAAGGGGUUUCAUUUUCAACCUUUGCCUGCUGUGUUUUGUAAAUGUGUAUACAUUGCAGGUGGGAAUGAUGGGUACUGUACAAAAAGGAUUUCCAAAACAACCUGAACAAGCCAUUUUAUACAGACUUCAUCCCUUUUUGCUGUGCUCCCUGUAAUUAAGGCACUGGCAUUAUUCCCCCGUAAAACAGUCACCCGGCCCAUUCAU